AUGGCAGACCCGACCGAGACCAAGGUGGCCGAGGUCUACGCCCGGAUCCAGACCCAGCGUCGGAUCAUGGAGGGUAACCAGGCCUUGCGCGGCGCCACCAACAACCCGGACGUCAUCCGCCAGGCCGAGUCUCAGAUCCGCGAGGCCCAGAGGAACAUCUCGUAUCUCGAGGAAAGCCUUCAGAGCCUCAAGACGCGACGGGCCAGCGGCGGCAUGGCGCUCGGCGCUCGUACCGACAGCCCCGCCAGCACCGCGGGCAGCACCAACCCCGCCACCAGCCAGCAGAGCUUCGGAUCCUCAAAGACCACGCUCGCCAGCUCCGUCUCGGGCGGCCGGCCCUACCCCGGCGACAGCAGCUCGUCGUACCGGGGAUCGUCCAACCCCUCGUCGCCCAGCGUCUCGGCGCGGCGGUACGACGGCAGGACCCAGCCUCCGUCCGGCGCGGACAUGGGCGCCGGUGGGCCAGACGGAGGGUCGUACUCGCAGUACGCCGGCCAGGGGCCCUAUGGCGGCGGCCCCGGGGGUGCUGCAGCAGGAGGCGGGUACGGCCAGGGCGGAUCGGAGGCGUGGCAGCCUGCCAUGCAGAGGAUGGGGACGAGCGCGAGGAAGCAGUACACGAACCUGGACCUCAUCAAGUACGACACGCCGCACACGACUGCCAAGAUCUCGCGCAUGCUGCACCAGCUCGAGUUCAAGCUGCAGAUCGAGAAGCAGUACAAGAUGGGCAUCGACAAGAUGGCCAAGCUGUACCAGGCCGAGGGCGACCGCAAGAGCAAAAACGACGCCGAGUCGAAGCGCGUCGAGAGCGCCAGCAAGAUUGUGCUGCUGCAGCAGGCGCUCAAGCGGUACAAGCAGCUCCACGUCAUGGAGGACGACGACGACGGCAGCGGCGGUAACGGCCUGCCCGACUCGCUCGAGGACCGGCGGCAGAACCUGCGCAAGCCGCUGUCGGGCACGCUGCAGAUCUCGAACCACGGUCCGCCUUCGGGCGGCGCCGUGGCUCCGCAGCCAGGCUACGGCGGACGUCCGCAAGGCCAGCAGGCCCCUGGAAGCUUUGGACCCGGCAGCGUCAUCUCACCUGCCGCCCAAGGCGUCCCGCACCACCUGCAGCAGCAGCAGCAGCAACAACAACAACAGCAGCAGCAGAUGGCAUCGCCACAGGCGCUCAAGCAACAGCAGCAGCAGCAACAGCAGCUCGAGCUCCAAAAGAACCUCUCGGCCGUCUCGCAGCAGGUCAACUCGCAGCCGCUGGCGCCGCGCAACCCGGUCUCGUCGAAGCGCAAGAUCGGGCUCAACGACUUCAACUUCCUCGCCGUGCUCGGCAAGGGCAACUUCGGCAAGGUCAUGCUGGCCGAGGAGAAGCGCUCGGGCAACCUGUACGCGAUCAAGGUGCUCAAGAAGGAGUUCAUCAUCGAAAACGACGAGGUCGAGAGCACCAAGUCCGAGAAGCGCGUCUUCCUCGCCGCCGCCCGCGAGCGCCACCCGUUCUUGCUCGGCCUGCACUCGUGCUUCCAGACAGAGACCCGAGUCUACUUUGUCAUGGAGUACGUCAGCGGCGGAGAUUUGAUGCUCCACAUCCAGCGCGAGCAGUUUACCCCGCGCCGCGCCAAGUUCUACGCCGCCGAGGUGUUGCUGGCGCUCGAGUACUUUCACAAGCAGGGCAUCAUCUACCGCGACCUCAAGCUCGACAACAUCCUCCUCACCCUCGACGGCCACGUCAAGGUGGCCGACUACGGCCUGUGCAAGGAGGAGAUGUGGUACGGCAACACCACCAGCACCUUUUGCGGCACGCCCGAGUUUAUGGCGCCCGAGAUCCUGCUCGAGCAGCGCUACGGCCGCGCCGUCGACUGGUGGGCGUUUGGUAUCCUCAUCUACGAGAUGCUCCUCGGCCAGGCGCCCUUCCGCGGCGACGACGAGGACGAGAUCUUUGACGCCAUCCUCGAGGACGAGCCCCUCUACCCGAUCCACAUGCCAAAGGACUCGGUCUCGAUCCUGGAAAAGCUGCUGACGCGAGACCCCGCGCGCCGCCUCGGGUCCGGACCCACCGACGCCGAGGAGAUCAAGGCGCAUCCCUUCUUCCGAGACGUCAAUUGGGACGACAUGUUCCACAAGCGCGUCCCGCCGCCCUUUUGCCCGACGCUCAAGAACCCCAGCGACACGAGCUGGUUCGACACCGAGUUCACGAGCGAGAAGCCCACCCUCACGCCCGUCCACAGCGUGCUCUCGGCGCAGGACCAGGCCGAGUUCAAGUCGUUCUCCUGGACCGCACCGCACGUCAUGUGA